AUGGCGGUGACGGCGGCGAAUCUGUCGACGUUCGGCGGCAUCGCGACGGUGUCGCUCGUGCACUCGCUCAUCCCCACGCACUGGCUGCCGUUCAGCGUCGUGGGUCGCGUGCAGAAAUGGACCAUCCACCAAACGCUUUCCAUCACGGCACUGGGAGCAUUCCUGCACGUGCUAUCCACGUCCAUCCUCGGCUUCACCGCAGUCACCAUGGCACACACGCUUGCAGGCGAGGAGGCAGUGGAAGCCAUCGCAUCCCUCCUCCUCCUCCUCCUAGGCGCCUGCUACAUCGCCCUCUUCCUCCUCACCCGCGGAAAACCCUCCCACUCCCACUGCCACGCGCACUCCCACCUUCCAACCACCAUGGCUGCUGCGGCUGCCGCCACUGGAACCUCCUCCCCUGGUGGCUCCGCUGCUGCUUCGUCAAAAAGCGCGAACGCGAGUGGGAAGCCGGAGGGGAUGGAGAGGAUAGCAGUGCUGGGGUUGGUGCUGGUGCCGGCGCUCUCCCCGUGUGCCACGACUCUCCCGGUGUUUCUGGCCAUCAGUGACGCGUCGCUGGGCACCAUGGCCAUUGCAGUGGCCGUGCUGCUCGCCUGCACGCUCUUCGUCAUGCUCACCCUCGUUGCACUCUCCUUCUAUGGGGCCUCACAGGUGAAGUUUGGGUGGUUGGAGCGAUAUGAGAAGCUGGUGGUGGGGGUGAUUCUGUGUGCUGUUGGCAUUCUCACUCACCUCUUUCACCACCAUGACCACCCACACGGACACUCACACGGACAUGCAGGGCAUGCGGGUUCUGUGUUUGCACCGGGGCAUACAGACAUUAUCACAGCUGGCACCAUGCUGAGCCACCACCACUGA